AUGUUUAUGCAACCCUUUGGAUCCAUGCAAACAUUCAAAAGCCCACCGAACCAAUCUGAUGACAUCCCCCCCUUUCGGAAAUUGCUGUGUCCAGACCCCCUCUGUCCCAUAUGUAACAGAACCACGGCUAAGGCCCAGCUCGAAUCCCCUCUUCCAGUCGUGGCACCUUCUGGAUCUCAGCUCUGCAACUGCGGAGUGUGUUUUCACACGCCUCAGCCUCAGAGCGGGACACAGCUUCUUACACCGUCUCAAAUCGGUGCUCUAGAAUAUAACAUACUACAGAAAGUUCAGAAAAACAUAUGGGGCUUACCCCCUGUCAUCCAAAAAUCCCAGGAAGACUUUUGUCCUCCAGCUCCCCACUUUUCAUUUGUUAAACAGGCCUGUAAGGCCCAUGAUUCUUCCGUCUCCAUACUUCCUGGAGACUUUCCUCUUGACGAUGAGCUCCGGAAAAAACUAGAGCAUCACCUUCGAAAGAGGCUCAUCCAGCACCGCUGGGGCCUGCCCGACAGGAUCGUUUCAUCUCUGUCAUCGAUGAUUCCUCUGACAGAGAUUUCCCAGGACACUGAGGAAAAGAGUAGCCGUGGGCUCGCAUGCAUUCCUGUUUUUACUCAUCCCAGCAGCAAAAAUUUAAGCAAGGUUGAACCGAAACAGUUAGAAAGGCAGCUCUGUGAGAGGAGCUCAGAGAUGCCUCCUCUAGAACAGGAUGUGAGAGAACAAGGACACGGUUCACAGACCGGAAAAAACGCUCGACCACUGAGCCCUGCAAAGGUGGUUCCAGCACCUGACACUCACACAGACCAAGAAAGACCUGUAGAUAGUCAUUCAGGACAUCACUCAACCACCUUAGAGGCAAGUCAACACCGGAAGGAGGCCCUGGAAGCACAUCUGAGCAAGAAAUUUGAUGAAAUCAGUAAGGGUCAGAUCCCAGAAAUUGUGCAGAGUUCAAGGCAUUCUGUCAAAGUGAAUGUUUGUGAGCAUCUCCUCAGCCAAGUGAAAGAUUUGGUGCCAUUGGAGAGAAAAGACAGCAUCUUUAGUUCUUUCCCUUAUGGUAAAAGGCAAAAGAUUUUGGAGGAUCAUAUUAAGAUUUUUCAUUGGAGAAUGGUGAAUGGCCUUCCACAGAAGGUUCAAGAAUCCAUAGAAAUCUUCAAUGUAAAAGAGCCCCAAACAAACUCUUACUUACAAAUUCCGUCCUCAGACGUUCUUAUUUCUGAGGCGGAUUCUAAAAUUGAGGCUCCUGGGCCUCUAAUAGGACCCUCUAACACUUUUCAUGAGGACACAAUGAGAACAGCCAAUGUCCCUGUUGUGGAUAAUUGCCUCUCUGCCACUGUACCUGUGGGCAAAAGAGGACAGGAGACUGUAAAGAAAUCACGCUUCUAUACCAGUCUUCAGUUUGCAGUUGAAGAUGGCAAACUCAAAGCUUUGUCCCAUACAAAUAACAGUGGAGAUAAAGCUGUGCACAGACAAGCUGGGACUGAACCUGAGAUACUAGAUAAGAGCGAGGGUUCCAGCAAUAAUACCAAAAAGUUUCAGAGAAAAAUGAAGAAUUUAGAGCAUUUUCUUAUGACUGACAAGUCCAAGGAGCUAAUCAAAGCAGGAAAACAUCCUAAUUUCCAAUCACAACCUAAUAACCUGAUGACCCCAGUGACUAAAGUGAAUUCUCAAAAAGUAGAAACUACCCUGACUACUAAAAUGUCCCUAACGAGAAUCUCAGUUCCCGAUUCUAUAUCAAUAGAAGAACUUAAAAGCAAACUGAUUGAUGAGUUGAAGUUAAUAUUGGAGGACAGGAAGCAGAGGCAGGUUCAGGAAGCUCCCGCUGACCCACCCCCAACUUCAGAUAAGGAGACAAUCCAGACAUUGCUGACUCAUCACCAGGGUGUUCCCAGUGGGGACACAGCAGCCUUCCAGGUAUUUCAUGUUCAGUCAUGCAGGAGAGGGAGCAGCAUGCAGCAGCAGCAGCCAGAGCCAUGGGUCCCUAGCCACAUUAUCCCCAAAUGCCAGGCCAAGAAUUCCCCUCCAACAAUGCAGACCUCGCUGACUCAUCACCAGGUUGUCUCCACUGGGGACACAGCAGCCUCCCAGGUACUUUAUGUUCAGUUGCACAACAGAAGGACUAGCAUGGAAGAGCAGGAGGAACCUAGUCACAUUAUGUUCAAAUGCCAGGCCAAGAAUUCCCCCUCAACUACAGAGAGAGUGAGCCCUAAGGUAUCCAAAGUGCAUGAACCUGGCAGAGGGGAUGCCAGACUAGAGAAAUCCCAACUGAGCCGCCUCCCUCCAGACAGGGCAGAGAAGACACUUGGGAGCAAGUCUUCCCCAGCCCUGUCACAGAAGAGACAGCCUCCUUCUGAAAGUAGUUUCAGAAACCAGAUUAAACGAUUUUUCCAAUGGCUUAGCCCUGGUACAAAACUCAAAGGCCAAGAAGUUUCUCCAGGGAAGGAUAGCUCUUCGUUGUCUCUGCAGGCAAGAGGUCUAGGUAAAGCUGCCUUUUCUAGAAACACAAAAGCUGUUGAGAAACAGGGGUGCAGUAGGCAUUCAGUGGAUGUCACCUGCUCCAGAGGGCCCCCUUCUUCCUUUGUGAAGGCUGGGAAGACCCAACAAGAGGUAGAACUAAAGAUCCCAACAGAGAAGCCCGAGAGACACUCCUCAAAUGACAAGGCUACCUACUCUACAGUAACCAAUAACCCUUCCAGUCAAAAAGCUACCACUGCAGCUCAGAGCAAUCCCACAAGAAACAGAUGCAUCAAAGACAGGGGCAGACAGCCCCAGAAAAACAUGCCAUCGCAAGACAAGGCCUUCCGCCAAAAGCACCCCCAAUCCGUGCCCCACAAGGAGCCAGGACCCAAACCAACACCGACUACCCAUAAACGUCAACUUGGUCAACUACCUCCAGCUGCCCCUGUCUUUGCAGAAGGUACCGUGUUGGGAGAUUUGUCCCUCUUAUUCAAACAGAAAAGGCUUUUCCAGAAUUUUCAGAGAGGGCGCUUCCUUCCUCCUAAAUAA